AUGUCGCCCACCAUGUCGCUCUACCUCUUCCUCGCGGCCAUGUUCUACUCUUGUGCAGCCGGCACCAUAGUGGCGGCCCAUGUGGGCAUCAUCUUCGCCUUCGCGUGGUUCGGCUUUAUCCGUCCAGCAGGCAACCUCUGGCAUGGUCGACCCGGCGAUGCUCAAGGCAUUGCCUACGUCUCCAACGAGGUCGCACGGAACAAUAUUGCUGUCCUCGGUGGCGUCAUGGAGGGCUCUAUGGUGUCCGAGCGUGGGGUCCCACUUGGCCCGGACAACAUUGCCCUCAUCUUCCACGACAUGAUGUUCCCAAAGCCUGGCCGUCCUGCAAUCCACUCCGACCCCAGUUCUAUCUACCGUAUCUGCUUCAACGGCAACAGCCUUGGGGAUGGCGGCCUGCUCCUUGCGCUCAAGUUUGCGUCCAAGUUCCCCGGGCUCCACAUCCUCGAACUGCCAAACAACGGAAUUAAGCUGGCUUUUGGACAGGAGGAAAUGGAGCGAGUCCUGACCUACGUCAGGGAGUCGUCGAUCACCUCCCUCAACCUCUCCGGCAACGACUUUUCGAGCACCGUGUCCCUGCAGAAGUUCUCCUUGCUCCUCUCCGAGCUGGCGAACAAGCACUCCAUGCACGAGCUCGCCUUCAGCGGAUGCAACCUCGGAACCGAGCACUGCCGAGCACUCGCGAGCUUCAUCCUGUCCCCGGCCGCCCACCAACUCGAACUCCUCUUCCUCAAUGCAAACGACUUCUCCCUCGGAGACCAUGCGAUCUUGUUCCGUGCCGCCAAGCAAAACUUCUCGAUCCUCUCCUUCAGCAGUUGGGACGAGGAGGAGGUGUACAAGGUGGAGAACUACGAGGACCUCCUCAAGCACGAAGUCCCGGCCGAUCUCAAGAGGUCCCUGAGGUUUGGAGACGAGCUUUCGAUCUACUUCGACGCCAUUUGCUAUCGGAACGAACUCCUUCGUCAGGCCCAAGAGGCCGACAGCGAAGUCACCGACGACGAGUGGGAGACAGAUGGAGAGCGCGAGGAAUCUGUAGGAUAA